UAUUGUGGGGAAUAUUCUCAGUAAAUAAUUUUUGAAUUCAAGUGGUCUGAUUUCUUUAUUAUAUAAAGUCACACCACCAGUUCAUAUCACUUUACAAUAUAAUUUACAAACAUGAAGACUUCCAUUGUUUUAGCUAUUUUAGCUUGCGUCGGUUUAACCGUCAGCGCUCCCCCAAAGAACGACGUCCUGUGUGAUGGCUGCGUAGCAUUGACACAAGUGAUCCAGGACCACUUAGAACAAGACUUGCCAUUGGACGAACUUGAAGAAAUAGUAAGGGAAGGGUGCAGUGCAUUACCAGAUCCACUUGCAGAUAUAUGCAAGAAUAAACUGAUUCCAGCAGUCUACAACAUAUACCACCGAUUUGAGGACGCCUCGCCUGUAGAAAUAUGCACAGUUUUAGACUUAUGUGAGACAAAUUAAUAUGAAAGUCAGAAUAAACUCAAAAGUUUAAAAUAAAUUUUUGAACAAAAAUUA